AUGGCAUUCAAUAACGCAUUGAAUAAUUCAAAACGUAUAAAGGAACAGAAAAAAGUUUUCAGAAUUGGGGAUGUUUUGUGGGCCAAAAUAAGCGGGUACCCAACUUGGCCCUGUAUAGUAUGCCCAGACCCUUAUACCAAAGACUUCAUCAAAGAAAAGAGUAAGUUUUUUAUAGUAUAUUAAACAAAAUAAUUGAUUUUGAAUAUGUUCAUAAUUUCGAUUAGUAAUAAGAAUUUUAAAAUUUAUAAUUUUAAUAUAAAUUAAGCUAUCUAAUAUGUUUUAUUCAAAGUUAUCUACUUAAGUUGUACUCUACUUAUAGUAAUUUUUUUAAAAUAUAACAGUUUAUUAAUUAUAUUAUUAAAAAAAUCACAAGUAGGUAUAUAUUUAUUGUAUAAAAGUAGACCUUCUGACUACUAACACUAUAUAUAAUUAUUGUGAUGCUUAAAAUCAAAAUAAACUGUUUAGGUUUUAAUAUUAUAUUGAUAAAAAAUCAAGUAACUGUAAUUUUAGAUUGUUUGUUCAUACAAUCAUACCCAAAGCUUGCCUUUUAAUAAUUAUCUAAAGAAAAUAUAAUUUUUAAAAUUAAUCUAAAAUGAAUAUUUUCAUUUUUUGUAGUUUUUGAUAAAGCUUUAUUGUUGAAGACCAAAUAAGUCUGUCUGGCUUCAUUUUAAGCAUUCCAAACAUGAUACCCACACCAGUUUGUAUGAACUAGUCAUACUAACUUGCAGUACACAAUAUUCAACACACAUUCACACAACUUAUCAUACUAUAAAUUGUAUAACUCCUUAUUUUUGUAUAUUGGUAAAAAGCGUCAUAAUAAUGUUAUUUAAUAUUAUAUAUGAUUAGUGUAUAUUAAAUGGAUCAAACCUUAAAUGUAUAGAGGAGCCCACACAUAUUACGAUUUGUUGUAUGACGAAAUUGUUGAACAAUAGGUGUUAUGCACAUUCAAACUUCAUCUCAUCCUAUAGUUGUACAAUUUGUCUUAUGAUUAACUGUAUUAUAUAUGAGAUGCUUUAUAGUUAUAGAUGUUAAAGCUAAAUAACUAACUAAAACAAUUUGCACAAUAGCAUCAUUAAUUUUAUUGAUUUAAAUGACUUUAAAAUCCAUUCUAAACUAAUCUAUCUUUAUAUUAAUCUUCAAUUAAGUUUAAUGGCCAUACUUUAUCUGUUAACAAACUAUGUUGUCACAAAUGCUCAUCAUUAAAAUUGACAAUUCAGUUUAUAAAACAGUAUUUUCUUUUUAUGGUUUUUAUCUGUUUCAUAGUUAAAAUAAUAAAAUUACAUUGAUCAUACAAAUUUGUAAAAUGUUAGAACAUAAAAUGAAUGGUUUGAUGUACAUGCUGGUAAUUAAUAUUUUACAAGAGUGGGAUCUCAUUGCUAAAAAUUACACCUUAAAAUAUGCUUUUAAAAUGUUAUAUUUUCAAGUUCUGUUACAAUAAAAAUUAUGGUGUCUGUUUUGUUGACAAUGCACCAUAUACUAAUAACCAUUAAAAAAAUAAAGUGCAAUUUUUUCCGUUUAGAUGAGUCAUUAAUUAAGGGGACUUUUAACGUGUAUAGCUCUGAAACUAAGCCAGAUAGACUUAGUAUGUCUAAAACAAAAAAGGUUUGUUAUCAAAAACUACAAAUUAAAUAAUUAAAAAAAACACUAAAAAUGUCAAUUUUUGUACUCAUUUUGGAUUAUAAUUCCAAAAAUGCUAAUUUCAAGAUUUAUGUGCACCAACUAUAAAAUUAAAUAAGUCAGUAAGUUUUGAUUAAACCUAUGGAUAAAACCAAAGCAAUAAAAACCACAUAAUUAGAAAAAUUAACUAAGAAACAUUUUUCACUAUUUUAAUUUACAAGUACUCAUUUUGAUAAAAAAAAAAUCGCUCAAUGCUAAAGUAAUUUUUCUUAUUUUUCUAAUGAACACAAGUUAUAAAAUUCAUCAAUAAAAUAAAUCAAAAAAUAAAAUCUAAAUAAAAAAUAAAUCUAUACCUAAUAUUUUUUUUUAAGGAUUAUUGAAUAUCAUGAUAUUAUUAUAGCAUAGAAAUUAUUUUAAUUUGUCAUGAGAUAUUUUUUUUAUUAUUGUGUUACACCAUUAACAUCCUAAGUAGUAAAUAGAUUUAUUUUUUUCAGAAAAUAAUAAUGUCUCUCUACACGUACGAUUUUUAAAUGACCAGGGAAAAAGAAGUUGGGUGAAAAACACUGUUCUGUUUCAGGGAAAAAAAGCUUUAUUUUCUGCAUAUCCAAAAUAUAAAGUGAGUAUCCAAAAUUAUCUACAUUUUAAAAAGAAAAAAAUAUUUUACAUUGCAUAAUAUGUUUUAGUUCAAUUUCCAAAAAAAAAAGAAAUUAUUUAUGAUGUGGAAAUUGGCCAUUACAGAGGCAAAAGAGCUAUUGAAGUUUAAUGAGUAAUGAUGUUUAUGAUUAUAUUUUGUUUAGAAUUCAAAUGAUAUACUUAUUAAUUUAAAUCAUAAUAUACUAUAUGUGUGGGCAAUUUUUCAGAGAAAGAAGAUUAAAACAAUUUUAUACAAAAUAUUCUAUUCCGGAUGAUUCUGAGAGUAAUACUGUAUGUCAAAAUAGUUACAUGUAAUUUAUAAAAAAUAUUGUUAACAGGAUUAAUACCGCUCUUCCUUAUUACUUUUAGUCUAUGUCACAUUCAAGGAAACAGCCUAUACCAGACCAAGCCUCUUUCAGUUCAAAAAGGUUCAAAAAGACAGAAAACAAAUCUUUGGAUGGUUGUGUAAACAGUAAGCUUACAAAAACUUAUCCACUAAAAAGUUUCACUAAUUGAUAAAUAUGACUUAUUUGAUUUAAUAGAUACACCAAUGACUUCUACUUCUACCGAUCCUUUGUUAUAUUCAGAAAUAGAACAUGAAUCAAGGUAUGAUAUAUGUAUAUGAAAUAUUUAUAACUAUAAUAGUUAUUUUCUAUUUUUGAAUUUUUAUUUAAAUUUUUUAUCUAAUAAUAUACAUUCUUCAUAUACAGUUAUUGAACUGAUCAUCUGUCAUCCUAGACCUAUAGAUAUGUUGAUAGAGGUAUAUAUUAACUCUCUUUAUAGCAACCUUGCCUUAACUGUGGUCUUCAUGUAUACUGUAAGUGGUCCCCAAAACGAAAACAGUGCAUUCAUGCUAAUAGGUACUACUAAAUAUUUCAGUUGGAUGACCUAGUAUUGAAAUGGAAUUUUCGAGGAAUGAUAGGGAGUACCCAAAUACACAUUUUCAGAAAAAUUUCAAUUUUUUAACCAUUUUGGUACCCGCAUGCUCAAUACAACUUACUUUUUUUUUUAAAUCAACACCAUAUUUCCUGUACAGAUAUGGAUAUCCGUUACCAGUGCCUGGUAGAUUAACAUUUUUUCAUUUUAAAAAAUUAUAGGCAUUGGGAGAUUUGUAAAAUAAUGUUAAAGAUAAUUGUUUUUCCAUCAAUGACUAUGGAUGCAUUGUUACUAUUGAUUUUGAAUUGGUUGGCGGAAAAUUAAAUUAAUUAAUUAUAUUAUUAAUGUCACUAUGAUUUUUAAACAUGUUUAAAUUCUUUUUUUAAUUAAGUAGUACAACAUCUUUUAUUUUUAAAAAAGUUAAAUAGUGUUUGUAAUUAAUUUUCAGUUUUUUUUUCAUUGAUGUAUCAUCCUAAUCAAAUUUAUUUUUGAUACUAGGGCUGGGCAUAUUUAUUAUAGUUUGUAUAUUUUAUUGUUUCAAUGUAACUGGAAAUGAAAACAUCAACUCUUUAAUGUGAGGACAUUGUAUGAUCAUAAAAAUGUUUCAGAGUUAAAUAUAAAACAGCAGUAGAACUUAGUAUUAAUUUUCGUUUUUCUGAGUAUACUAGUUAAAAAGGUUCAAAAAACAAAAUAAAAUACUUACAUUAAGUUUACUUCAUCGCCUACUUAUAAAUAUUGUUUUUUUUUUAAAAAAAAUAAAUAUUUAUUAAAAUAUGCACAUAUAUUACCAGACAUUUUGAAAGAAUCUUUUUAAAAGUAGGUACCAAUUCAAUAUACAUUGCCAGACAACAGACUAAGCAUGUGAUAGAAAUAAUUAAUAUUAUUAGGAACUAAAAUAAAUUAGAGAUUACUAAACGAUAACAAUAUUAUGUUUAUGUAUAUUACAUUAAUUUGUAACAAUUUAUACUUAUGAUUAAAUUUUUUAAAAUAAAAAGAGUUUCCAAGUCUGAUAAAGAAAUAUAUUGCAUAAUAAUCAAAUCACUAGAUGGCAGCAUAUUUCAAAACUUACUCUGGUGAUGUUGUUAAGCCAGAUAUAAAAGAAAUAUUCUCAUUUACAAUUAAUUUAUGAAAUUUAUCUUCUAGUUAAGUUUUAAUGAUAUUACAUUUUCCUUAAUUUUGGUUUCAGAGAAAAAUCCCAGCCAACUUCUGAUAGAAAUUCAGAAAACAUACAACAACCAAAUGCUCAGUCAUCAAAAAAAGUUAAAAGGUAAUAAUUACAUAACAUAAUCUUAAUGUAUAUAUAUGUAGAUUUGUAAAUUAAUUAUUAGUAUUUUUAUAAUAAAAAGAGUUUCCUAGUCUAAUAAAAACAUAAUUUAAAUAAUGAUAAAUCCACUAGAUAGAAGCAUAUUUCAAAAUUUACUCUGGUGAUGUUGUUAAGCCAGUUAUAAAAAAAAAAUUCUCAUUUACAAUUAAUUUAUGAAAUUUAUCUUCUAGUUAGGUUUUAAUGAUAUUACAUUUUCCUUAAUUUUGGUUUCAGAGAAAAAUCCCAGCAAACUUCUGAUAGAAAUUCAGAAAUCAUACAACAACCAAUUGCAGAAUCUUCUAAAAAAGUUAAAAGGUAAUAUUUAAAUAACAUUAUAUUACUAAAUAUACAUAGAUUUUUAUACUUAUUAUCAAAUUUUAUAUAUUAAAAAAAGUUUCCAAGUCUGAUAAAGAAAUAUAUUGCAUAAUAAUCAAAUCACUAUUUUGACUGCAUAUUUCAAAACUUUCAUUUGUGUUGUUAAGCUAGUUUUAAAACAUAACCUCAAGAACAUUAAAUUUGAUUUAUAUUUCUUCUAGUUUGAAGAAGCUGGUGGUAAAAAUAUAAUUUGGAGUGAUGUUCUUAUUUUAAUACAGCCUGUUUUGUUUUUAGAAAGGUUUUUAGAAAGCAUUUUUGUUUUAGAAAAAAACUGCCACCAUGUCCUGAUAAUUAUGAAGAAAAUGAUACUGAAGAAGAUAGACAAUCUGAUUUAACAAGAAAGACUCAAAUUCUAAAGAAAACAAAAUCUUUUCUUUCACGAUGUAAAUCAUUUAGAAAAUCUUUGUUAAAGGAAGCCCAGUAUCAUGCGUGUGUUGUUUGCACUGAUGCAAACAAUACUGUGAAAUGUGAGGGUUCAUGCAACCUUCAUUUUCAUAGACACUGUUUUGCUAUUAAUCGACAAAAAAUCAAAUCAACAACAAAAUUUAAAAAAGGAUCUGGUAAAAGGAAUAAAAGGAGAUCAUCAACAGUGAAACAGAACAUGGAUAAUUUAAAUGAAAAUUUGGUUCAUGAACAAUUAGUUCAAAAUGAUUUCAAUAAUAAAUGCAGCCAAUGUACAGAUGGUAAAAGUGUCUGCUUUGUGUGUGAAUCUCCCAUUGAUAAGAAAGAAGAACUAGUCAGUUGUAAAUUCAGUUAGUGAAAUAUAUUACUAUUUUUUCUUUUUUGUUUUAUUUUUAUUUUUUACAAAUGUGUUAUAAUUUUAUUUGGAUGACUAAUAAUUUUUUCAUAUUUAUUGGUUUAUUUUGUCAAUAUUAGUUUUUUUUUUUUAAAAAGAAAUUGAUAUUUUUAAUGAAAAAUGAUUAUAAUAUCCUUACUGUAUGAAAGAAGUAAUAAACGAAUUUAAGUUUUUAAAUGGUAUUGGUUUUAUUUCAUUAACUUAUAUUGGAUAUCAGGUUAAUGUUGUAUCAGUUCAUUCCUAAUAUACAUGUAUCAUAUUGGGUUUUUAGUUUAAAUCAAUUUUUUCAAAUUAAAAAUUUUAUUAAUAAAUUUUAGGAUGGAUGAAUUAAAAACUUGAAUUUAUUUUAUUUCUUUUAUUGCCAUUGAUAAUGUAUCAUUAAAGUUAAGAUUUUUUUAUUUUUUAAAUAUUGGUAAAAUAUUUUUUAAGUUAUACUAUCUCAUAUAAUUCAAUAACAGGAAAAAGAAUAAGUUUUUGUAUAACUAAAACUAUCAUUGUCUUUUUUAUUUAUAGAAAAUUGUAGUAAUUUUUUUCAUACGAAUUGCUUAGAAGAAUGGCCACAAAGCCUAUGGAUACAGGACAAUCGUGUUAUGUGUCCUCAUCAUAAUUGUCAUUUUUGCAUUUCUGAUAAUCCUCUAAAAGGAAGGAAAACACAUGUCCUUACUGGAAAACUAUUAAAGUGUAUAAAAUGUCCAACAUCAUAUCAUCGAAGUAUUAUAACUAAUAAAAAUGAAUUAUUAAUCAUAUUUAUAAUAUUUUAUAUUAUGUAGGUGAAUACUGUUUAACAGCUGGCAGUAAAGUUUUAUCAUACUUUGAUAUUAUUUGCAAUAAACAUAUAGAUACUAAAAAUACUAUACGCCAUUACAAUACUCGCUGGUGUUUAAUUUGUGCAAAAAGUGGGUAUAAAAAUAUUAAAUAGGUAUUAAAUUAUUUUGAUAUAUUUAGUAAUAUAAUUCUUCAAUAUAUUUCAUUAAGGUGGUGGUCCAUUGGUUCGCUGUGAACUCUGUCCAAAUUCUUUCCACUUCGAAUGUUCAAAUGAUGAUCCAUCACAAUUUGAAAAUGGUGGUUUUAUUUGUGAUGAAUGCAAAUCUGGCCGGUUUCCUGUGUAUGGUGAAAUCGUUUGGACUAAACUAGGAACUUAUAGGUACAGUACAACAUUUAAUUCGUUAAAUUAUUAUUAUAUUUUUUUUAAAUUGUUUUUAUCAAUUUUUAUUUGUAUACAGUGUGUCCUACAAAGAUUGAUACACAUUGUAAUAUCUUCAGAGAUAUUAAAGAUAAUCAAAUUCUGUUCAUUUUUAUAUAUAUAUUUAACUCACAGCAAUAAGGACUACAAAUAUUAUAAUAGCCUUUUUAUAGUAAAUUUUUCUGAAAAUUUUGAUCUAUAAACUUAUUUUCAUUAAAUUUGUGAUUUUUAAUUAUUUUUUAAAUUCAGAGAAAUAAUCAAUUAGAAAAUGCAAUUAUGGCCUGCUGCAUAAUUUAAGGUACUUUUCUCUGAAUUUAAAAAAAUUAUUGUCAUAAACUAUAUACUUACAUUAUAUAAUUUUAAAUGUGAUACAUUUAAAUUAUCUAGACUGUCCUUGACAUCAAGGCUGUCACCUGAGUGACUAUGUGGUUAUGGGUCAUGCUAACUCAAGGAAAGCUUUAGGUCAAAUGGUCUCGCAAGCAGUCUCGGCUGUGAACUGGGGUAUCUCCCUGGUGCCUACUCAGUCUAUCCGCGGGCUUUCACCACACCGAAGGCUGUCCGUGACCAAAAACGGAAAGGAGUGAGUUAGGCUGCGGCCAUACCAAUAGCGGGGAAUGGGCAAAGCUUAACCCAUUUGUAUACUCCGUUGCGUUUAUGGCUCCGUUGUUUCGGGAUUCCACAGUGCUUAGAAUGACACAGGAGAACGCCAAAUCGGCUCGCCACUCAGGAAACUCUUGAACCUUCGCGCCUCCUAACUAGCCAUAGGCUAACACAGGGUGUGCGGUUGUAGAGAGAGAUACUCACCCAACAAAAUCGGAUUUAAUUGUUCUUGACAUUAAUUAAUCUCUAUAAUCAAUGCUCUUCCUUCUACAUAACAUAAUAUAUAAUUUAUUGUUUAUCUGUAUACGAAGAUUAACCAUUGCUAAUGAAAAAUGAUUAUGAGGUUAAUAGUGUUGUCUUGUCAAAAAUACUAUUGUAAAAUAAUUAUAAUAGGCAUUCUUUUUAAUUUUUGUGUAAAUAUAUUUUUUCCUAUUUUUCCAAAUUUUUUUUCCCCCCAUUUAUUGGGAAAAUUCCUAGAAAAAUCAAAAAAUGACCUCUCUAAAAUACCACCCCAUUCCGAUUUCCUUUUAGAAAAGCACUAGCAUUGUAAAUUGGAGCUUACUUGCUGAAAAUUUGUUCACAGGAAAAAAAAAUAAUCAUAAUUUAUAAAACCAAUACAUUCCUUGCUCCACUCAGAAUCUAAAAUGUAAUAAGAUAGUUGUGCUCAUCUUAUAGUUUAUUCCUCUGAAAGAUAUUUAUAUUUUAAACUUUGUAAUGAACACUAUAUUAUCUAAGAUACAUUUUUGGGGUUCUGAAAUUUUUUAACUCUAAUACUAACAUUAAAAAAAAUUAAAUAGUUUUUCUCUUUGGUUCAUAAUUUUAUAUUGUAUACUUUAUCCUUUUUCAGUGUUUACUUGCAUAAUUUGUAUGCUAUAAAAAAAUAUGUUUUGUUCAAUUUUAGAUUCUGAGUGGGGCUAAGAAGCUUAUGGUUUUACGAUUUUUUUUUUCUGUGGUUAACUUCUCUACCGCCAAUUUUGCUCCAAUUUUCAAUUUAUAGCACUUUUUCUGAUAGGAAAACGCAUUAGGGAGGUACUUUAUGUUAGUCAUUUUUUUUUUAUUUUCCCUGGAGUUUUCUUAACAUAUAGGAAAAACCAUGAAAAAUGUAAGAAAACGAAGAAAUAGAUACAAUAUUAAAUUAAUAUUAUUAAAGAAAAUAUAUAAUGAGUAUGUAAUUAUGUUAUGUAUAAUUAUUUAUAUAACAUACAUAAUUACUGACAAAGCAACACUAUUAAUGGAACUACUUAUAAUCGGUUUUUCUCAAGCAACUGUUAAUCACUGCAUACAAAAUAUUACAAUAACAGUAGCUGCACUCAUUCUCAUUAUCCUCGGACAGCUUUUUCAAUUUAAAAUUAAAUAGUUUUGUACAAUAUUGUAAUAAAAAAAAAAAAAAAAACAAAAAUGUUAAUUUUAUUAAAUUAAGGUUACCAAGAUUAUUCCUUUAUUUUAGGUGGUGGCCGGCACAAAUUAUGUUUCCAGAAGAAGUUCCAGAUACAGUUAAUGCAAAAGAGCAUUCUGUUGGAGAAUUUGUAGUACAAUUUUUUGGAACACUGGAUUAUUGUUGGAUGAACCGUGGACAAGUAUAUUUGUUUGAUGAAGGGGUAAAAAUUUGUUUUCACAUAUGAUACAAUAAAGUAUAUCAUUCCUAACACUUGUUGAUUUCUUAAAAGCAAUCAAAACUAUUAUAAAUUUAUCAUUUACUAAAAUGUGUCUAUAGGUAAACUAAUAUAUACAGUGUGGUUGGCUUUAUCAUUGAAUACUCAUUAUUUUAAAAAGUAUUUAUUUUUUAAAAAUUAAGAAACAAGCAAUAGCUUUAAAAUGGUAUAUAACAAUUUUUUUUUGUGACUACCUUGUUUUGAUUUUCAAAUGGCAGCCUAUGUUAAAAAUUCUAUAAAUAGAUAAACUAUUAGUUAACUGUUAAUAUAUUUUGCUCUUAAGUUUGGCUAGGUAUGAGAGAUUUGUAAUAGAACACUUAUGGAACAUGCAACCAUACAAAUAGCACUACAUUACAAUUCUUUCCAUUCCUAAACUUAAAAUUUAUUCUCAUCAACAGAUUGUCAAAAAUCAAAAAAAAAUUGUUAACACUAAAAUGUUAUCAAACAAAUUCCAUCCAUUUAUGUAAUUUUAAAUAAUAUAGGUAACCAUUUUGAAAUAAUAAGUCGAUACAGCAAAACCUCUUUAUAACAAAUCUUCUAUAAGGUGGAAACCUCCUUGAAACAGAAGACAACAACAGUUAACUGGAAACUCCCUUGUUUUUGAAAAAAUAGCUGAUAUCCCGCAAAUUCUGUUAUAAGGAGGUUAUACUGUAUUGGUUUUAACUACAAAACUAAAGGUAAUAUUUGACUUUAAAGUGGUUUAUUUCUUAAUUUUAACAAAAAAAUGUUGAACAUAAUCAUUACUUUUCAAAAACAUCAAUGAUCUAUACAAUUAUAACAAAAUGUUUAUGUUUAAAAGAUAAUUAACAAAAUUUCAGGGUAAAUUAACUAACUGUUUUAACAAUUGUUAACUAACUUAUAAUAAUCUGAUAUUUUAGAUAUCACAUUUACCUAUAUAUAUCUGUGUGUGUGUGUGUGUGUGUGUGUGUGUGUGUGUGUGUGUAGAUUGAGCUAACGAAAUUGAGUUAAUAAAUUUCUUGUUUUAUCUUUUCAGGAUCAAGCACCUACAGUGAAAAAUAAAAAAAAGGAUAUAGAUCAAUUGUUCCAUGAUGCUGUUAUUGAAGCAAUUGAAGCACACAAGAUUUACAUUUCAAAUAAAAAUAAACGUGAUGCUUUAAUAGCAAAUAAAUCUUCUUUAGUAAAUUAUUAAAUUUCUUAAUUGUACCAAAUUCGUCUUUACAAUUCUUUUUUUUUUUUGUUAAAGAAACCUAUCCAUUAUGUUAAAAUCAAGUUUAACUGCCCUUUUGGCAAAUUAAAAUAUAAGAACUUGAAAACAUGUAAAAAAGACGCCAUUUGUAAAUGUGAUCCAAACGAGGAAGAUCCAUGUAGUCUUGACUCUAGUUGUAUAAAUAGGUAUUUAUUACAAUUUUCUUUUUGAAUUUUAUACUAAAUUUUGAAUUAUCUCCUAGACAAAUGCUUUUUGAAUGUGAUCCAAAAACUUGCCCUGCUGGUCAAAAAUGCAAGAAUCAAGAUUUUGAAAAACAAUUGGGCCCACAACUGGCUACAUUUUUAACAGAAAACAAAGGCUGGGGUGUUAAAACUUUGGAAAAUAUAAAACAUGGUUUGAAUUUUUAUAAUUUUUCUUAAAAAUACAAAUUGGUUGAUUAAUCAUUAUAAUUUUAGGAUCAUUUAUAAUUGAGUAUGUUGGUGAUCUUCUCAAUAAUGAAGAAUUUAAAAAAAGAAUGAAUGAAAUGCAAAGAAAUCAUGAACAAAAUUUCUAUUUUUUGAGUUUAGAUAAUUCUGUAAUAAUUGAUGCUGGACCCAAAGGAAAUUUAUCAAGGUAAAAUUAAUUUUAAUGGUUCAAUUGAUAUGAAGAUAAUUUGUAUACAGUACAAAAUAAUUCAAAUUUAAUGAAUUUUUUUUAAUAUUUCGCAACUAAUUUAAAAUGAUUGAAUUAUAAUUUUUAAAUUUAGUACUGAAUAUAAUAAUUUCAUAUUAAUUCAUUUUCUAAAUUCAUUAAUCUAAUCUAAUCAUAAACUUGAGUAAACUUUUCAUUUUUAUUGUGUUUAUUUAAUUUCUUAAAAAAUAAAAAUUGAAAUAAAUGUUUAUUAUGAAAUAUGUUAUGACACUGGAAACAUUGUAUUAAUAAAAUUUAUAUUUUAUUUUAAUAGAUUUAUGAACCAUUCAUGUGAUCCAAAUUGUGAAGCAGUAAAAUGGGUUGUGGAUGGGGAAUCUAGAAUUGGACUUUUUGCAUUACGUGACAUUGCUGCUGGUACAGAACUGGUGUUUAAUUACCAGUCAAGAAAAGCUAAAUGUAGGGAUGUUAAUAAAAAACCUUGUCAUUGUGGAGCUAAGAAUUGUUGUGAAUUCCUUGAGUUUUAA